AUGUAUGGACGUUCACCUGUUCUACCAUUUGAUCUUCAAAACUCAAUCGUUUCCUUUCAACAGUCACCUCACUAUGCUCAAAACAUACGUCAAUAUAUAUCACAUCUAACCAACAAUGCGAAAACAAAUAUAACUGAUGCACAACGUCAGUACCAAUCUAAAUGUGAUACAAAUCGCUCAAAUCCUACAUAUUCCAUGAACGAUUUAGUUCUUAUAAAAAAUAUUCAUUCACGUCACAAAUUUGAUAUUCGCUAUGAUGGUCCAUUUCGAAUUAUACGUCGUCUUGGUGUUAAAACAUAUCUUGCUCAACAUGUCAAACUACUUGAUUUGACUCGACAGGUAACAGUUGAUCUACUUAUUCCGGUCUCAACUGGAUAG